AUGGCCUUCAAGUUGAGCCCAAUAACAGUACAGGCGCCAUCCGCAGCAUCCCCUGACGCCCCCGUUCCAGCAGAUGAAGAGUACUAUUCGUCAUGGUCUCUGUUUCUUGUUUGCUUGCUACUCAUCGUCUCGUUAUGGACAUCUUAUUACCUGCAAAUCAGGAAAAUCCGGGCCAUCCAUGAGACUACCGUCUCUAUCUUUGCAGGGAUGUUUGUAGGGUUGGUGGUUAGACUUGCACCAGGAACGAUGAUUCGAGAAAUGCUGACUUUCAAACAUACUCUGUUCUUCAACUUGCUACUUCCUCCCAUCAUUCUUAACUCCGGAUACGAGCUCAAGCAAGAGAAUUUUUUCCGAAAUUUCGCCUCCAUCCUUACUUUUGCAUUCUUGGGCACAUUAAUAUCAGCUGUCGGUGUCGGUGUGCUGGUGUAUCUCUACUCAUUCCUGGGACUAGAAUCUUUAGAUGUUACACUGCUGGAGUGCUUGAUCUACGGCUCUACACUAUCUGCAACUGAUCCAGUGACCGUUCUUGCCAUAUUCAAUCAGUAUAAGGUGGACCCAAAGCUCUACACCAUCAUCUUUGGCGAGAGUCUGCUAAAUGAUGCGGUCAGUAUUGUCAUGUAUGAAACUCUCGCGCAAUUCCACGGCACAGAGAUAUACAUCUCUUCCAUAUUCCAUGGGAUCGGAAUUUUCUUGCUUUCAUUCAGCGUAUCCAUGGCCCUUGGCGUUAGUUUCGGCCUGGCAAUGUCCCUAACCCUGAAACACUCCUCAAUGAGUCUGUAUCCUUCCAUCGAAUCUUGUCUCGUUGCCCUCUGCGCAUAUACCUGCUAUUUCUUGUCUAAUGGCCUGUCAAUGUCUGGCAUCGUAUCCCUCCUGUUCUGCGGAAUCACCUUGAAACACUAUGCAUAUCAUACCAUGUCCCGGCGAACACAGCGAACAACAAAAUACAUCUUCUCGACCCUCGCUCAACUCUCCGAGAACUUCAUUUUUAUCUACCUCGGUCUCUCACUUUUCACAAGUCCUCCGUCAUCUGAGCGUGUUACCAACUAUGUCAAGCCACUCUUCAUUGUGGUCACGACGGUUGCAGUUGUGUUCACCCGAUACGCAGCCGUCUUCCCACUAUCUGAAGCGAUCAACUUCUUCACUCGUCAUGCUCGGGGACAGCGAACAGAGGAGAUUCCACACUCUUACCAGAUGAUGUUGUUCUGGGCUGGCUUGCGAGGUGCAGUGGGUGUGGCACUCGCGGCUGGGUUCAAGGGCGAGAAUGCGCAGACACUGCGGACAACUGUCCUUGUUGUAGUGGUGCUUACUGUUUUCGUCUUCGGGGGUACAACUGCACGCAUGCUAGAGAUCCUUGGUAUUCGCACAGGCGUUGAAGAUGAAGCUGCUAGCAGCAGCGACGAAGAUGCACCUCCAGGACGCAACGCAUGGCAGAACCGCCGCCAUAGUGGUUCAUGGAACAGGUACACCGACGAUUCUGAGCCCUUACCAUAUUUUUCGCCAUCGCAACAUGGAUAUGGGCGGGCUGCAGGCAGAGUAGGGUCACACUAUGCAUCACGGACUUAUAAUCACCAUUCGGGAGCACCACCAUCACCGAUCGGUAAUACUAUGUUUUCUGCAGCAUCAUCGGAGUCCUUUGAGUCAGAAGCGGAAGUACUCCCUAUGGCCACGACCUCAGCGGAUGCCGGUCCGUCUGCGGAAAGACACGAUGACAGACAGGCCAACGAGGAUGGCAAAUGGUUCCAGGCGUUAGAUGAGAGAUAUCUUCUUCCGUUGUUCUCAAAUGCCACUGCUAGCCGCACGUUCCACGCCAGACGUGCGCGGAGGAAUGUAUCU